AUGAUGACCGAAAUGGCAAAGGAGGAGGACAAUCAAACUCCUGUCUCCGAAAAGUUUACUCUUGAGUGUAUCAAGAACUCUGAUGUCAAAAUUUCCCAUAAAUAUACUCUUGGAGAUCUCACAACUCAAACAUUCUGUGUUAGAUAUGAUCCAAAUGAUAAAUAUAUUGCUGCGGGUUGUGGUGAUGGCUCAAUCAGAAUAUUCAAUGUAUUCACAGGCAAAUAAAGUUAUGUUUUGAAUUAAAACAUGGAAGAACCUAUGCCAACAACUCAAAUUAGAUGGCGUCCAUUAAACGCUCCUGGAGUUACAAAGAACGUGCUUAUUUCAGUCAACUCAAAUGGUAGUUUGCAACACUGGCACACUACUAGUGGAAAGCUACUUCACACCAUUCAUGAUGAACUCAAUCAACUCCUGACAGUGGAUUACAAGCCAGAUGGAACAAUGUUUGCUACAGGAGGUAGUGAUUGUAUUGUUAGAGUGUAUGAUGAAUAAACUAGAAAGUUAAGAGCUGAAUUAGCUGGAGGUGGUACCGGAGAGCCAGGACACAAUAACAGAGUUUUCGCAGUUAAGUUUGAUAAAGAAGAUGAGAACAUGAUCAUCUCUGGAGGUUGGGAUAAUAAUGUUAAGGUUUGGGACCUGAGACAAUAAUCUCCAGUGAGAUCUAUCUAUGGGCCAUACAUUUGUGGAGAUGCACUUGAUAUCCAUGAUGGUUAUAUUUUGACUGGCUCUUGGAGAGGAGAUAAACAGUUGUAACUUUGGGACUUUGGAACCUGUGAAUUUAUAGAGGAUAUUCCUUGGAAUGAGGGUCUCUCUUCAUAAAAUGCUUGCCAAGUAUAUUGCUCUCAAUUCCAAAAGACUACUGGUGAUUUGAUUAUUGCUGGAGGUAGUGGAAGCAAUGAGGUAAAAGUGUUCGAUGGAAAUACUUUGUUCAAGCCUUGCGCUCAAAUCAGAGAUCUUAGCAGAGCCACCUUCACUGUAGAUUUCAGUAACUCAGGAGAUAUGUUCGCAAUGGCAGGAGGUGAUGGUGUAAUCAGAGUGUUCAAUGUAGUAAACGAGGUCUGA